GAACAAUUUCCCUUUGUGACAUGUAAGCAACAGGAGUAAGAUUGUCGACACAACACAACUACUGAUAUUUUUUUGCAUCAUUAUCAUCAUUACCAAUCUUUGUUUCUUUUUCUGUUGGCUCAACUUAACUCACACAAAAACUCUCUGCAAUUUUCAUAACCAAACAACAUAUGUUCUAAGAGCACAACAAUGGCAACGUUUAUGCUUCUUCCAUCAUCAUCUUGUGUUUCUUUAUUGAACAAAGAGAGUUAUAGAUUUUGCAGUCUUGCUUCUAUUCAUUCAAGAAAAUCUAAAGGGUUUAGAGUUAGAGCUGUUAAAGAGAAAACUGAAGAAAUUAAAAGUUCUUCAAAGAAUUCUUCUUCACCUGAAGAAGUUACUCAGAAGUAUGGUCUUGAAGCUGGUCUUUGGAAGAUUUUCAGCUCAAAGGAAGAAGGGGAAGGACAGAAAUCGAAAGGUGAUCAAGCCAAGGAGUUGCUAGCAAAAUAUGGAGGAGCAUACCUGGCCACCUCCAUUACUCUGUCAUUGAUCUCUUUUGCUCUUUGUUAUGUACUCAUCAAUGCUGGAGUAGAUGUUCAAACUUUGCUUCAGAAGGUAGGAAUCACUACUGAUGCGACCGGCGAAAAAGUUGGUACUUUUGCUUUGGCCUAUGCUGCACAUAAAGCUGCAUCUCCAAUUAGGUUUCCACCUACAGUAGCUCUUACCCCAAUUGUGGCUGGUUGGAUUGGAAAGAAAGCUGAUAAAGAAGAUAAGUAGCUAGUAGUGGUAGUACCAUCAAAUACCAGUGUUUCAUUGUAGUAUAGUUCUAUUUGUAAUAAAUUUUCAUAUAUGUUGCCAGAUGAACAUUAUUUCCACAGUCGUGGACAUGUAAAUCCAUAUCAUUGUAAACAAUAGGUAAAGUGAUGUUAACAUUAAUAAACAAUAUCUAUCUAGCCAUAUUGUUAUAAUUUGUUCGAA